AUGGAACCACAUCUCAAGGAUCAAUUAGUUGAUUUACGACUCCGUCUCAAGGCAUUGCCAACAGAUAUUCCGAUUCUAAAGACAUCAAAGUACAACUAUUCUAACCUCGAGCCGGAUAGGUUUGGUAAUCGUGUUGACGGCCUGAAACUCGUAGAGCGAGGCCCGGAGACAGAAGCCGUGCCAGUGGAUAAGUGGGUGGCUGAUACCCUCGAAGCUGCACAAGGCCUCAUUCUCGCGGCUGGAAAAGCUUCUUCGCCUGAGGUCGAACUGUCAACUCAUGACCACCUAGACAUAGAGCUUGUGUCGGGUGGGUCACAAACACCUCACAGCCCCCCAAUCAAUAAACCGAAGGCAACAAAGAAGAAAAAGGCCAAGAUUGUGGAGUCCGACACGUCUGUCGUGCACCUAUACAGAGACGCCAAACUAAUACCUGCGAAAGGGAAAGGCGGUGCCAAGCUUGAUCCUCUGAUGGAUCUUGUCUCUGUCAAUCCAUACCUCAAAAGUAACCCACAAAAGAUGAUUGUUCGGUGUGCUGGCCGAAUAUAGAUGUGCCACCACCUGGGCUGCGCCUCGCUGGAAGGCCCGAAUAUUCGGACAUGUGUUACAAUGCGGGAAAACCGGACAAAAUCAAUUUGAUGCUACGUGACCGUGUUCGCCCUAUCAUGGCCGAAGAAUCCUUAGGUAGUCGUGUCGAAAGUCAGAGCCCAUUAGUGUCAACUGCCGAGUGGGUAGAGUUACCUAGACAAAGACCGAUCUGGUGAUGCCCAGCCACUUGCGAAACUCGCUAGUUCGGAUUUUCUCGCUUGUACCUAAUUUGAUGGCUGACGAGCGGACUGGCUCGACGUUCACUUAGUUCAACU